AUGGCUGCAGCCAGCAGCGAGGGGACAGCAGGGACACAGCUGCUGCCAGCUGGCACUGCCCUGGCCCUGCUCGGUGGUCUGGUCUACCUGGGCACCCUGUGUGCUGCCUGUAAACGGAAAGGCAGGAAGAAGGUCGCUCCAGACGGGGUGAAGCUCGUGGAUGAGGCUCUGCUUUGCCAGGCACAGCUGCGGUCACUCAGCAAGUCGGACACGAAGCUGCAUGAGCUGUACCGGGUGAAGGUCAGGGACGAUGUGCAGCGUCCGGCCAGCCUGGAUCUGCCCUGUCCCACGGCCCCUGGAGGCGAAUCCCUGCACAGCUCUGGCCUCCUGCACCGUGAGCUGCCCCAGAUCCCCGUCCCUGAGCCCCUGGCAGCCUCCCCAGCCCCUGACCAGACCUACUCCAACCUGCUCUUCACCCCGCUGCAGAAACCAGCACCAGACACUGUCUAUGAGUGCCUGGCAGUGAGGGGGGAGGACGCCCCGGUGCCCCCCAUUCCAAGUGGCACCCAGGUGUCCCCUCCACGGGCUGUGCAUGGGGCAGCUGAUUAUGCCUGUGUCCAUAAAGUGAAGAAGGCAGUGUCGGUGGAGGUGCAGGAUGGGGCUGUGGCAGGACCCCCUGGAGCACAGCACUGCUGGGAUGGUGCAGGCAAUGCCCCUCAAGCCAAGCUGGAGGAGAUGUACUCGACGGUGUGCAAAGCCACCAAGAAGAAAUCCCAGGUCCCUGCAUCAACCCCGAGGGCUGUGAAGGAGGUGGGUUCUGAGUGGCCACCCUCCCACCAGCAGGGGGGAGCCCCAGCAGCCCCAGGCCCCCCUGACCCCUGUUAUGAGUCCAUCAAUGACAGAGCAUGGACUGCUCAGGGCUGUGUCCCCGACCCUGACUAUGAGGCUGUGGACAUUAACUGGAAGAAGGCGGCAAAACGGGACAGGCCAGGGAAGCCCUGUGUCCCUGAGAACCUGUACGAGAGUGUGGUGGACAUUUGGGCAGGGGAGCCCCGGAAAGCCUCUGCCCGGACAGCAGCCAACGGGCUGGAGGUAUACAUCACCAACCUAUAGCCCCCCAGGGGCAGGGGCAGUGCCACAAGGGGGUCCCACCUGGCUGGACACCGUGGGGUGCCAAAGGGACAGGUAACAGCAGCCCUGUGCCCACCAGAGAGGCUGUGUCCCAGCACUCAUUCUCUGUAGAUAUUUUCUGUUACUUUUCUAUGAGUGUCCUUGUCCCAUCCCAUCCCAGCUGGUGCCAGCAGGUUGAUGGUGGGAUGUCCCAAGAUGGGCAGUUUGGGACUACUUUUUGGGACCCCAGUGAGAUAGGCAUCAAGAUGGGAACAGGAUGGGGACCAGGCAGGUUUUGGGGCAGGGGGGUUAUGGGGCUGCAGGAUGAGACCCUCAGCGGGAGGUUUCUGCCAUGACUGAAGGUCCCUGUCCUCCUCACACUGACUGGGGGAGACCAGGACCCUUCCAGACCCCAGGAAGCCCUGAGAAGCUUUGCUCCUAUCACAGAAUGUCCCUUGUUAUGGGGACAUGGAGUCAGCCCUUUGCCUUCAUGGAAUCAUAGAACAUCCUGAGUUGGAAAGGACCCCCAAGGGAUCAUUGAGUCCAUCUCCUGACCCUGCACAGAACAACACAAAAAUUUCACUGGUGUGGGCUGUGGGCUCUGCUACAUCCUCCAUUCCCACCCUUUCAGACCCAUGCAUUCAGAUGCAUUGAGACCCAAACACCAU